GAAACAAAAUGAUGAGGUCUUGCAUUGCAACCCUAGCUUUUUGCUUCAUAAUAAGCAGCACCAGUUAUAAUCCUGAUGCUUUUCCUGCACCCGAGUUGAUUGACGAAGAGUCACAAGCAUCUUCUGACGAGAGUGGAGUGGACAAUCAAGCGCCACAAGUUCUGGGAGACCCUUCUAACGCAUUUGGACAUGAGAGUGGUGAUAAGGACAAACCACUGAUCGUCAGUGAUCCACUUGAAGACGACAUUGUCGAGGCUCCUGCUGUAAUUAAGGGCGGGGAAACGAGCAGUGAAAAUUUUGUACCACAGGUAAUAAGCGAUCCAGUAGGGAGUGGAGACGAUGUUGCUAGAGAGGAUCCAGCUCUCAUCUCAGAAGAGCCAUCUAGCGGCGAGGCGCCUGAACCAGUAGGGGUAGGUGACCCGGUUUUUGUAGUAGAAGAAGGAAGUGGUGACGUAAAUGGAGAAAACCCCACAGGAGACGGCAAUGAUGUUCCUUUUGAGGUCGUCGAGAGUGGGGAUGAUUCAAAUGAAAGUUCGAAAGGGGAAAGCAGCGAUGAGGAUUAUGUUCCGGAGAUCGCAGUAGAUCCACCUUUUUCAGUAGGCGGAGGAAGCGGUGAUUAUGAUGCAGAGAUCCCGGUCAUCUUUGAAGUCCCAGUACAGAGUCCUGGGAAGGAAAUUCCCGAUCCUGUGGAACAAAAAUAGCAUCGCGUUCACAGGUGUGGAGAAUUCACUCUACAAAUUGACUAUGAAAUAAAAGUGUAGUGGUU